AUGCCUAUUCCAACACAUCGGGAGACUAUUCGGCGGGCCAUUCUCUAUCAGUUCCAACUCAGACUUCUCUGCUUGACUGCCCGGAAUGCCUCUGCUAAUGAUGGCAAUGAUUCUGAGUCUGAUGAUUCUGGGGCUGACUCGGAUGUGCCACCUACUGGCUACCAUGUUGCACACCCUCCAAGCUUUAUUGGACACGUCAUCAAUGCUCAAUCGGCUUGCGAGCACACGCGCUACCUCCGGCCCCGCCAUGAGGUGAUCAAGUUCAGCCAGUUCCAGCUCUUGACUGCCUUCUCGCAGAGUGCUGAAGACCUCCAUAACUUUGUCAACAUUGUCCGCAUCUCUCCAUUCGUAUUUGCGUCAAUUGUCACUAUGAUCGAGAACGAUCCUGUCUUCCAGAACAACUCACAGAAUGAACAAACCCCUGUGGAUAAGCAGCUUGCUGUUACACUCUACCGAAUGGGGCGCUAUGGGAAUGGUGGUUCUGUUGAUGAUGUCGCCCGAUUUGCUGGAGUUGGACAUGGCUCAGUAACACUCUUCACUAGUCGUUGCUUUGAUGCAAUCGAGCGACUUCAUCCUCUCUUUGUUCGGGCACUUUCAAGAGAGGAGAAAGAGCAAGAAAAAUGUUGGAUUGACCGACAUAUUGGGUACCGCUCCUCAUGGCGGGAGGGGUAUCUAAUGUACGAUGGGACGAUUGUGCCAUUAUGCGAAAAGCCGGCAUUAAACGGUCAAGCAUACUUUACCCGAAAGAGUAACUAUGGGCUCAAUGUACAGAUCGGAAAUGUUCCAUCUAAUCUUCGAAUUAUUGACUACUCACAUGGAUUCACGGGAUCGGCUCAUGAUUCCUCCGCAUUUGAAUAUACCACUGCUCGAAAACAUCCGGAACUUCUUUUCGAAGGAGACGAGCAUGGCUUUGGGGACUCUGCCUAUGCUCUCUCCGAAUAUAUGAUCCCAAUGUUCCGCAGCCCAGCCCGCCCGACCUGGCUGUCAAUCACCUUUUCUGUGCAACAUUAUCCGCUCUCCGAGUUCGAUCCGAGCAUUGCAUGGGAGCUAUCAAAGGUCGCUGGCAAUGUCUCAAGGGACUACGAACAAGUAUUGCCAAAAAGCGUCAUCAUGUUGAGGCCUGCCGUUGGGUCACUAUUGCCAUUAUACUGCAUAAUAUUGUGGUGGAGCUGGAAGGGAUUGGGGAGAGUGACACAUUUAUCAACCAUGGAAGAGCAUGAUGGUGAUGAUAUGCCUAUGCAGAAUGAUAUGGCAGAGGGUGAGGCAAAGCGUCAACGGCUAGUCGCCGAAAUCAAUGCUAUUCGUGGUCGCUAG